AUGAGGCGAAAAAAGGUUUUCACAAAGCUGCUGAUCCUACCCUUUUUCAGAGUUCUGCAAACAGUGCCGAAUCUAUUUAUUCUGUCAUUAUCGUUUUCUGAUAUUGCUGUCUGCUCAAUUUCUGCGACAAUCACUCCAAUAACUGCAUUCAAAAAAGAGUGGAUUUUUGGCGAGAUACUUUGUCGAAUUGCUCCUUUCAUUGCGGGUAUUAGCUUAUGCUUCUCAACCUUCACACUUACUGCUAUUUCAAUUGAUCGAUAUCUUUUAAUACGGUUCCCAAUGAAGAAGCCUUUAACACGUUUUCAUGCAGUUUUGGUGAUUGGU